AUGUUCGCGUAUAUCUACAUAAACAGUCAAUCAGUUGAAAUAACUGGAGGUACUGAUGAGAAGAUUAUUCAAAGAUUAGCACGGGAAAAACAAUAUUUACAGAAAGUAACACCUGGUACUAGAUAUUCCGCUACAAUUCAAGGUUUUGAUGUUGAAGGGAGACAAUGCGCAAUUUCAUCUGUUCAUUAUAGAGCAUAUUUUUCAAAAAGUGAAUUGGAACGUGUAAUGGCUUUAGCUUCACGAUUUUGUGGUGAUCUAAUGUAUCAAUUCGAUAUAGUCCAUCGAUGUAAACCAAAAUCCUAUUUUGAUAAUAUAUAUUCUCAACCGGAUGGUCAACGAAUGAUGAUGCCUUAUUUGAAAGACGAAAAUGGCCAUCCAGGCUGUCCAAUUAAUGGCGAAAUAGAAGGAUGUUUCUUUUCUUCAUUACUUCAAGGCGAUAGUUUACCUAAUGCUUCUCCUUUUGGUGAUGUCCAAAUGAUAUUGGAAGUCAACAAAAUAUUAGAUUUUAAAAGAAUGAAUAUGUAUUUUGCUGAUUUUUAUUGUAAUCAAGCAUUUGCUGGCGGCCAAGGAGUCUCCUCUGCUUUACAUUAUAUUACUGUUGUUGUUUGUGAAAAAAGUUCUCAAACUGAUAAGUUUUGUGCUAAUCGUUUACUCAGACUUGAUCCAUCAAACAAUAAAUUCCUGAAAUUACUUCCGACUUCAAAUUCUGGUUCUCCUCGUUAUCUUACAAACUCUACUUCAGGAUUGCUAGUUGAAAUUUAUUAUACAAAACCUGUUUCUUUAUUUCAAGCAAAAAAAUUCCGUGAAAUCUCAACAAUUGGAAAAGGCAGUUCUAGGCCUAUGGGUCUUCCAAAUAAUAAAUUGUGCAAAAUCUGCAAUUGA